AUGUAUAUCAAGCAGAUCAUUAUUCAGGGCUUCAAGAGCUACAAGGACCAGACCGUGAUUGAACCCUUCUCCCCGAAGCAUAAUGUGAUCGUCGGCCGCAACGGUUCGGGCAAGAGCAAUUUCUUUGCGGCCAUCCGUUUUGUUCUCAGCGAUGCCUACACUCAUCUCGGCAGAGAAGAGCGGCAAGCUCUUCUCCACGAAGGAUCUGGCUCGGCUGUGAUGUCUGCAUAUGUGGAAAUCAUAUUCGACAACUCUGACGAACGGUUUCCGACUGGCAAGCCUGAACUGGUCCUCCGUCGUACGAUCGGGCUGAAGAAGGACGAAUACACGCUGGAUCGCAAGAAUGCGACCAAGGCAGAUGUGAUGAACCUGUUGGAAUCCGCUGGCUUCUCUCGGUCGAAUCCGUACUACAUCGUUCCUCAAGGUCGAGUCACGGCCUUGACAAACAUGAAGGACUCGGAACGUUUGAGCCUGCUUAAAGAAGUCGCGGGAACACAGGUCUACGAGGCGCGACGCGCAGAAUCCUUGAAAAUCAUGCACGAAACCAGCAAUAAGCGAUCCAAAAUCGAUGAACUGUUGGAUUUCAUCAACGAGCGGCUGGCUGAACUGGAGGAAGAAAAGGACGAGCUCCGAAGCUUCCAAGAGAAGGACAAGGAGAGGAGAUGCCUCGAAUAUACUAUCUAUUCUCGCGAGCAGCAGGAGAUUGCUGGUGUCCUUGACAGUCUGGAAGAGCAGAGACAGACGGGUGUCGAGGAUACAGACAUCAACCGAGAUCGUUUUAUUCAAGGAGAAAAGGAAAUGGGCCAGAUUGAUGCGGAGAUUGCGGAGUGCAAGCAACAGAUCGAAUUCUUGAAGGUUGACAAAGCUCAGCUGGAAGACGAGCGCCGCCAGACUUCCAAAGUACUCGCCCAGGUCGAGCUUCAGGCGAAAUCGCUAGCCGACAACCAGGCGGCAGCUGCAUCUUCGAAGGCGCGUCAUGAUUCGGACCUGCAGUCGGUUCAGACUGCUAUUCAAGAGCGAGAAGCUGAGCUGGCUCAACUAAACCCUCGUUUCAACGCUGCUAAAGAGCAAGAAGACAGCAUCAGGACAAAACUCAACGAGGCCGAAACCUCUAGACAGCGUCUCUAUGCUAAGCAGGGUCGUAACUCACGUUUCAGGAACAAAUCCGAACGAGACAAAUGGCUGCAAAAGGAGAUUAGGGAAAAUCACUCUUCUAUUUCUAAUGUCCAAGCUGUGAUGGCUCAAACUCAAGAAGACAUCAAAGGGCUCGAAAAUGAUAUUGCACUUCUCGAACCGGAAACGGAGCUCUUGCGCAAGCGCAUUGAGGGGAGAGGAGACACCAUGCAUGACAUCGACCAGCAACUCCAGGCCGCCAAAGACGAAAGGGACCGCCUCAUGGACCAAAGAAAAGAGCUGUGGAGAGAAGAGGCGAAACUCGACUCGAUACUCUCGAACGCCUCUCAAGAGGUCGACCGUGCCGAACGCUCUCUUUCUCACAUGAUGGAUCACAAUACCAGCCGUGGUAUUGCAGCUGUUCGCCGGAUCAAGCGCCAGUACGAUUUGGGGGGAGUUUAUGGGACACUAGCCGAGCUAUUCGAGGUCAAUGACAGGUACCGAACAGCAGUUGAAGUUACCGCUGGGCAAAGUCUCUUCCACUAUGUCGUUGACACCGACGAAACCGCCACCAAGGUUCUAGAGAUCUUGCAGAACGAAAAGGCCGGAAGAGUUACAUUCAUGCCCUUGAAUCGACUGAGGUCCAAGCCGAUUAACAUGCCCAGGGCUAGCGAUACCAUCCCGAUGAUCGAAAAAUUGCAGUAUGACUCUACCUAUGAAAGAGCGUUCCAGCACGUUUUUGGCAAGACCAUUAUUUGCCCGAACUUGCAGGUUGCGUCGCAGUACGCUCGAAGCCACGGCGUCAAUGCCAUCACUCCCGAAGGAGAUCGGUCUGACAAGAGAGGAGCUCUCACCGGUGGAUUCCAUGAUUCACGCCAGUCACGACUAGAUGCCGUCAAGAACGUUGCCAAAUGGCGCGACGAGUACGAAUCAAAGAAGAACAGAGCUGGAGAGAUCCGGAAAGAGUUGGAGCAAUUAGACCAAAUCAUCACCAAAGCAGUGGGUGAAUUGCAGAAGUUAGAGCAACAGAGACAUCAGGUGCAGAAUAGCAAUGGGCCACUCCGUCAGGAGCUGCGAGGAAAGCGUGACUUGCUCCAAAAUAAGAGUGACAGCCUCGAGGCAAAACGGCGCGCUCUCCGCAAUAUCGAGUCUAAUCUGGCUGCCCUAAAUGACCAAGUCAAGGCUUUUGAGGGGGAAUUAUCAUCUCCAUUCCAAAAGUCACUUAGCAACGAGGAAGAAGCAAUGCUUGACACCCUUAGUACAACAGUUCAAGAGCUUCGGCAACAGUAUUCAGAGCUUUCCAGCCAACGCAGCGAGCUUGAGACCCGCAAAUCAGUCUUGGAGGUGGAGCUCCGCGAGAAUCUUAACCCUCGCCUUGACCAGCUUGUCAGCCAAGAUCUUGACAUGGCCGAUGACUCGGCCCAAGGGAACCUGAAGGAGACGCAGCGUGAAUUGAAGCGGUUAGGUAAAGCUCUCGAAAAGCUCAGCGCGCGUCUUCAACAGGUCGAUGAGUCGAUAGAACAAGGAAAUGCCAAAGUUACCGAGCUUCAGCAGCGCAACGCUGAUACCCGACGAGAGAUGGACGAUUUGGCCAAGUCUAUUGAAAAGCAUCAACGGCGUAUGGAAAAGAGCAUGCAAAAACGGGCUGCUCUAACGAAGCAAGCCACGGAGUGCGCUUCUAACAUUCGUGACCUGGGAGUCCUUCCGGACGAGGCUUUCACAAAGUACAAGAACACCGAUUCCAACAAUGUGGUCAAGAAGCUCCACAAAGUGAAUGAAGCGUUGAAGAAAUAUGCCCAUGUCAACAAGAAGGCUUUCGAACAAUACAACAAUUUCACCAAGCAGCGGGAGACGCUCACUCAAAGACGGUCAGAGUUGGAUGCAUCGCAAAAGUCGAUCGACGAUCUCAUCCAAGUCCUUGAUCAACGCAAAGAUGAAGCAAUUGAACGUACCUUCAAGCAGGUGUCUCGAGAAUUUCACAACGUUUUUGAGAAGCUAGUCCCCGCUGGUCGUGGUCGCUUGAUCAUCCAACGAAAGAUUGAUCGUGCCACACAGCCAGCCGAUGACCUCGAUUCAGACGAUGAGAAUACUCGCCAAAGUGUCGAGAACUACGUUGGGGUCGGCAUCAGCGUUAGCUUCAACAGCAAGCAUGACGACCAGCAACGGAUCCAGCAGCUCAGCGGUGGUCAAAAGAGUCUUUGCGCUCUCGCCCUGGUCUUCGCCAUCCAGGCCUGUGACCCUGCGCCAUUUUACCUGUUCGACGAGAUUGACGCCAAUCUGGAUGCUCAAUACCGCACGGCUGUCGCGCAGAUGCUGCAAUCCAUUUCGGAUGCAACAAAUGGACAAUUCAUCUGCACAACUUUCCGACCCGAGAUGCUACAUGUCGCGGAGAAGUGCUACGGGGUCAGCUUCCGCAACAAGGCCAGUACGAUUGACGUGGUGUCGCGCGAUGAGGCCCUGAAGUUUGUUGAGGAGCAGAAGACAUAA